UCUCCAGCUUGCUUGAGAAGCAAGAUCUCGCCCACGUGCGAGACGGUUAUAUUCCAUUCCCGCCAAGCACCAAGCUUAAAUUGAACAUCACACCCAUUUUUCCAUCCUUCAAAUAAAAAAAAAAACACCCAAACCUCUCUCCGAUAACCUCACAAUAUGCCGAGUAUCACCGUUGUGAUUCAAGAAAACCUGCACUGGACUCUUGCAAUGUCGAGGAUGAACGGCGUUCAAGUUCCAAAUGGAACUUCACCUGAAGAUUUGUUAGCAUAUUGCCAAAGCAGAGCACACAUGUUUGAGAGAGAUGAUUGGGCCGAUAAACGUUUUACCCCUGGGAGAGCGAUGUUGCUGAAUAUCAGGUCCAAUUUUCAAACAUUGUUUUGUUUGAGGUAUUUGAUGAGGAUUAGGCGCUGGAACAAUCUUACACGGAGGGUGCUACGGCAAUAUCAGAUCAGGCAUUCUCGCGCUCUUAAUGCAUUUGUAGCCUCCAUCUCAGAAUUUGUGAAUUGGGCCACCAUGUUGCAUUAUUACCUUACACAUGACGAGAGCAUCGUAUUGGUGCUCACUGGUUUUUGUGAUUAUAAGGUCUUCUGAGUCUCUGACCAUUCACUUGUGAUGGGAUGCUUCCACUUGUUCUCCACCAGUGGGUUUGGAAGUUGGAACCUACUUUAAUAAAUACCAUAACUAUCUUGUUCUUUCACUGCCUUUUGGGAUUUGGGUGUUUAACAUUUUUGGAUUUAGGUUCCCUUUUGCAACAUCCUCUGUCAUGAGAUGGAAUGGCAUGAUGGGUGCAGGAUACAGAAGCUGUCUUUGGUUUUCGUUUUUAAGAUUUCACUUUAAUUGCAUUUUAUGUUGCCUAUUGUGGGAGCAUAAAUCAUAGCCAAGCUCAGUUUUCAAUAUAUGAGCUCUGAAUUCCUCAAUUUAAUUAUGACAUGUCACACUUAUACAUACUAUGUAUAUUCUACAACAUCUCCUGAAUUUCUUUUUGGAUUUAUGUGUAUGCUGCAAGUUGUUCCUGUAUUAUAGGUUUGCUUUCA